UCACACGGUAACAACGCACCCACCACACCAAACAAGAGGUCGUGUAGGGCGGCUCGUAGAGAGAGCGUGACAGGAGAGGCUCUUGGCUGAUUGAUGGUGUUCUCUUGUGAGUUGAGCCAGCCGCUGUUCGAGGUUUGAGCGAGACACGUCAGGACCCGGGCGACCUCAAGGAAAUUGGAGAGCGCCCUGUGCUCCGGUUCGUCGAACGUCCGUUGCUGUUGACAAUCAAUCAACGCUCAACCGCGGAGAUUUGCCUGCAGUACAGGAUCACCGCCGUCACACAUGAAAAGCUUCGUCCGCACCCGGCGAAACCCAAGGCGGCGGUCGCUUCUUCUUUCUGUGCUGGUACUAGCCUCGGCGGGAUGGCCACUGGCAUGGGCGCAAGUAGCGACGACAGCAUGCGGCAGCACCUCGUCGCUCCGUGUAGAAACAGUGACGGAUGCCGGUGUUCUCAGCACUGCCGUCAACUGUACCGACGGCGGGACGGUGGAAGCCGUUUGGGCGGGGGCGGUUACUCUUACCGCUCCCAUAUCCGUCGGGACGGGGACGUUUCUGUCCAUCACCGGAGAGGACGGCUCGGCAGAGGUGCUGGGUGGCGGCCAGACCCAGAUGUUCUACGUCUCAUCGUCGGGAGGGCUGACGCUGACCGAUCUCAGGCUCUCGGGGGGAAGCGCGGCAAGCGGCGGCGCUAUUGAAUCCAGCAUGGCAUCGGUAACGCUCGACACGUGCAUAUUCAGCAGCAAUGUCGCCACCGCCGGGGAUGGAGGGGCCGUACGGGCGGACGGCGGGGACCUGACGAUUAUCGGGGGAGAGUUCUCCGGGAACAGCGCCAGCGGGAACGGUGGCGCCGUUCUCGCCGCCGACGCCGGGCUGGUGAUCCGAAACGGCACCCGGUUCGAGGGCAACACGGGGGUGGAGGGCGGCGGGCUAUACUGCUCAGGAGGGGUAGAGAGCUCCGCCCCCUCUUGCUCUCUCAGCGACGCGACGUUCACGUCCAACGUAGCUACGACCGGCGCUGAGGUCAGCUUUAGCGAUACCAUUGAGACCUGGGCCGACCUCUACGGGGGUGGGGCCGCAGCGUUUUACCUUGCCGCCGUUGAGAUCACGAACUCCUUGUUCGAGUUAAACUACGCCCAGGUGUCCGGAGGCGGGAUCUUCGGAGGCAGCGGAUCGUCCAUGUCGAUAGACGGGUGCACCAUCAACAACAACACCACUCCUGGGUACGGAGGAGGGCUAGUCGCGUCGGCCGCCAUGCUUGGGGGAGGCACGGUCGUGACGAGCAACGUUGCCGACGAGUCCGGCGGCGGGGUGUUUGGGUGGUAUUCCCGCGGAGCGGUGGAGAUGAACGACGUCACGUGCAGCUUGAACGAGGCGGAGGAGAACGGCGGGUGCUUCUACAGCGCGGGCAUCGGCAUUGUCAACGACGGGACGGUGAUGCUGGAUAACUUGGCGGACGCCGGAGGCUGCGUAUACGUGUCCGCGAACGGUACCGUCAACGUCAACGGCGGGGAGUUUAGGGGGUGCAGAUCGACUUCAAACGGCGGUUUCAUGUACGUCUCGGACGGUGGGACCGCGACCAUCACGGGAGGCUUGGUGGCAAACAACGUGGCCGAACGGAGAGCUGGCGUGGUGUAUAGCUCGGGGGAUAGCAACGGAUUUGGAGGAGCCAGCGUAACGAUCGAGGGAGGUACGUUCAGCGACAACGAGGCGCAGGAGCUUGGCGGGGUGAUCGUGGCCUGGGGGGACACCAACGUGGUGACCGUGACAGGCGGGUCUUUCGUCAACAACACCGCCAAGUUCUACGGUGGCUUCAUCUUUCUGGAAGAAGAGGCUAGUCUUUCUUGCGAAGGAGCCACGAUCAGGGACCACUAUGCCGGCGACCAGGGCGGAGGUAUCUACGGCCGAGAUGCAACUUGGGUAAACUCCAGCUGCGACUUGAUCGGCAACGCAGCGCCGCAGGGGGCGGCGGUGUAUCUGACGCACACCGUCAUGGCCGCCAACUUCACGAACCACGAAGUUACCGACAACGUGGCGUCGGGGGGCAGCGUACUCUACGCCACCGAGACCGCCGUCUUCGCAACGGGGUUAAACUUCCAGUCCGGGGUGGGCCUGCAGGAGGACUCUUCGAACCGCGCGAUACAGCUGGAGGGCGAGACGACCCUGGUCGCGGACGGGUGCGUCUUCGGCGGCUGGAUGGGCGACACGGUGAUCCGCAACUCGAACACCGCGCCGGGGUCCCUCACGCUGGACAGCUGCGACUUCAGCGAGAGCGCGGCCGUCAUGGUGGUUGGGUCCCCUCACUCGGACGCCCUCAUCCGCAACGCCGUCGUCGACCACCUCACCAUCGAGAACGCCGCCCUGGUGAACGACUCCCUCGUGCUGGUCGACAACGCCUUCGACUGCAGGACCUCGGGCAUCUGCGCGGCCGGGGAGUGCGUCGACAGCGUGCUCGGCGUGCUCUGUGAGUGUCUCUCGGAGGACUACUGCCUCAAUGAUGGGGGCGCGCUGUCCAUCAGCCUGCUCGUGCAUCCGCUGAACGUCACGUACAGCCCGGACCCUGUGUACUUCGAGCUCCUUGUGUCGGCGUCGGCGGAUGGGGUCACGCCCACCAUCUGGAACCUUUCCUACGAGGCGGAUGACCUUGGGCUGCAGGUCCUGCCGUCUAGCGGUAUCCUUCCUCCGGGGGAAAACGUAACCGUCGCCAUUACCGGUAACCCCCUGCAGGACGACGUCGGGGGCGUGCUGGUCACCCGUUUCGUCGUCACCUCUGCGGGGAGCGGCACUGCGGAAUCAUCGUCAUCGACGGGGGUGGAGUUGGAGGUGAAGUCGGAGUUCUACCUGUGUCAGGCCUUCGAAUACGCCAUGCCGGUGGACGGGGACGAUGACGACAACGACCCGGUAUGCCUGCAGUGCGCGAACUUCGACGGUGCGGAGGGGCUGGACUGCGAGUCCCCGGGGGCGACGCUGGCCUCGCUCCCCGUCCGGGAGGGCUACUGGCGGUCGAGCCAGGAGUCUCUGGUGGUCCACGGGUGCCUCAACUCCGACGCUUGCGCCGGUGGCACGCAGAUCUCGAGCUCGGACGACUACUGCAAGGAUUGCUACGAGGGGCCAUACUGCGCCGUCUGCGCGGAAGGUUGCUGCGAAGGCUCCUCCCACACCUGCUACCGGUGCUCGGGGAUAAAGUCUCGGCUGCUCAUGUUCGCGGGCAUCGUCUUCGGGGUGACCAUCGUGCUGUUCCUGGGGUUGGCGAUCGUGUUCCUCAUCGGGGGUCUGGACGCCGUCAACAGCAUGCGCUUGAGCAUGUCGAGGAAGCUCUCCGUCUCCGGGAAGAUCCGCGGCAGCAUCUCCCGCUCCUACCACGAGGGGAGCAGCACCAGCAAGAAGCCGUCCGGGCGGAGCAACUUCGGGGAGGACGAUGACGACGACAACGACGGUCGUGGUCGUUCCGCUGCCGUGGGCGACGCCGCCGUUGAUGAGGAGAAAACACGCACCGCCGCAGUUAUCGGGCUCGGGCCGGGAGACUACUCGCCGGAGCGGCCACUAUCGACGGCGGCGACGGCGGCCGCCGUCGACAGAGCGCGGAUUCUCGAGGUCGGCGCGCGGAUGUCGGACGCCGGAGGCGAGAGCUCGCGGACGGGGUGCUGCGGGCUCGGCGGGAGGAUCAAGCGCUGGGUGUCGCUGCUGCCGAUGGACAAGCUCAAGAUCCUGGUGGUUGUGUGGCAGAUCCUGACGGUUUUCCCCAGCAUCACGGGGGUGCAAUUCCCGCCUUCUUACUCGCGGUUCCUCUCGUGGGUCGACGUCGUGAACCUGGAUGUGGGACAAGUGUUCACGGCAUCUUGUUUGCUCCCCUCGGUUAGCUUCUACCAGAGGCUGCUGCUGACGACGCUGACACCGAUCGGACUGGGGUGUGUGCUGGUGCUGACGCACUGGAUGGCCAAGCAGAGGGCGGGGAUCGGGUCCGCCAGCGUUCUUGCGAGGAGGGCGGCGUGGUCGAGGCACAUGGCGGCCGGGUUGCUUCUCACAUUCUUGGUGUUCACAUCGACCUCCACGAUGGCGUUCAAGACCUUCCCCUGCGACGAUGAAGCCGUAGAAGGAGAGAGCUACCUCAGGGCGGACUACAGCCUAUCGUGCAAGACGGACAAGCACAUGUACUUCAGAAUCUACGCUGGGAUUAUGAUUUUGGUUUACCCUAUCGGCAUCCCCCUCCUGUACGCCUUCAUUCUCUGGAUAAAUCGAGAGUCCCUCAAUCCGAGGGUAAGAAGCGAAGCAACCCCGCAGCCGACAGGAGGGGUUGAGAUGGACGUUGCCCUCGUGCCGGCGAACUACGGAGACGACCUGGAGGAGAGGCUGGAGCAGCGAAGGAAUAACCCGGACCUAGUGCCGUCCAUGUUCCUGUGGAAAGACUUCGGUCCCGACAUGUACUACUACGAGGUGAUCGAGUGCGGCCGGAGGAUCCUCCUUACGGGCGUGCUGAUUUUUUUCGCGGCCGGAACUGCCGCCCAGGCGGCCAUGGCCUGCAUCUUCGCCUUUGUUAGCCUGCUGGGCUUCGAGCUGCUAAGACCCCACCUCGACCCCGCGGACGCGUGGCUCUACCGCCUGGGCUGCGUGAUCAUCUUCCUGAGCAACUUCUUAGCGCUUUUGAUCAAGGUCGACGCCGCCGGGGAGGGCAACCGCGCCGCCCUCGGGGGCAUCCUGAUCGCCGUCAACGUCUUCCUCAUCCUGGCGGUGCUGUCCACCUCCUGGUUCGCCACGCAGCAGAUGGUAGACGACAACCGCAACGAGGAGAACUCCCUCGCCCUUGCGAAGACCAUGCUGACGUUCGAGCAGCGCGUGGCUGACGACGCAAAGGUAGUCCGCGGGAAGAAGCAGACUCCGGAGUCGCCGCAGUCUAGCGUCGGGGCGGUUUCGGGACGCGGCUCCUGCCGGUCUGUCGGACCGAGACCGUCUGCGGAGAACCAGCAGCAACGCGGCGUGCUGAGCUCCUUGCGCAGGGGGAGCGUGAGCGCCGCCACCGUGAACGCGCUGUGGGAGGCGGGGAAGACCGAGGGCUCUUCGAAAGGACAGGAGAGGCCCGUUUAGAGCCGACUUCCUGACCCUUGACAUGAAGUUGCACGUUUUGGGUCGUUUUACAUGAAUCAAUUUGGCUUCUGGGUUGUUUCGUGGAUAGAUUGUUUAUAUGAUCUUCUGCUACUCUUGAUAUUGUUAGUAGUUUGCACGGUGUUCGUAGGAAACGCUGCUUGGGAGAGCGCAAGGCGCAGACGGCAUCGAGCCGGCAGCACAAGGGGUUUCGGGGAGUUUUCAGCCCACCCAUCUAGAUUAUACGGAGUGGUUUGUGUCUUUCCUCGGCCCUCUGCCUGAUGUUUGUGUGGACCGUAUUGACUACUUGUCAGGCUUCGCGUGGCGCUGGUCCUCGUGCAUUAAUGAGUCGCUAACGACGUGCUUUGUAUUUUGGUGCAGUCUAUCUUAUCGGCGUUGUCCCUAAUGUAGGAGAUGCCGCGCCAUGAUGAUAUCUGGGGCUGACUGCACGGCAGCUAGUCCAGAGAAAUUCGGUGUCUCGUGUCAAAAAGUUGUGAAUGGCCACCGCCAUGUUUCACGUUUGGUGUGUGUGUGUAUGUGUUUUUUUAUUAUUAGCAUCGACAGCGCUAACCGGCUGACCAAUGACAAGACGUCAGUCUUAGUGCGUGUGUGUGUGUGGAAAUUUGAUGUGU